AGUGCUGAACAUGCUAAGGAGGCUGGACAAAAUCAGGUUCAGAGGUCACAAGAGAGAUGACUUCCUUGAUCUAGCAGAGUCUCCAAAUGCCUCGGAUACCGAAUGCGGAGACGAGAUACCCCUGAAGAUACCUCGGACCUCACCUCGGGACAUUGAGGAGCUGAGGGACCCUGCUGGUCCAGGGACCCUCAUCAUGGCUGCAGGAGUCCAGGACUUUAACCGCACAGAGUCUGAUCGCCUGAAUGAGAUCAAAGGUCACCUGGAAAUCGCCUUACUGGAAAAACACUUCUUACAGGAAGAGCUCCGGAAGCUGCGAGAAGAAACCAACUCGGAGAUGCUGCGGCAGGAGCUGGAGCGGGAGCGGCAGCGGCGGAUCGAGCUGGAGCAGAAGGUGCAGGAGGUGCUGAAGGCCAGAACUGAGGAACAGACGGCUCAGCAGCCCCCAAAAGGGCAGCCCCAGAUCAACAAUGGAGCAGACCGACGGGGCCAGGGGCUGUCCUCCCGCGUCCAGAAGUGGUUCUACGAGAAGUUUGGGGAGUACGUGGAGGACUUCCGGUUCCAGCCCGAGGAGAACACCGUGGAGGCCGAGGAGCCCCUCAGUGCCCGCAGGUUAACUGAGAACAUGAGACGGCUAAAGCGAGGUGCCAAGCCUGUCACCAACUUCGUGAAGAACCUCUCUGCCUUAUCCGACUGGUACUCCGUCUACACAUCUGCCAUCGCCUUCACCGUGUACAUGAAUGCCGUGUGGCACGGCUGGGCUGUCCCCAUGUUCCUGUUUCUAGCAAUCUUGAGGCUGUCCCUCAAUUACCUCAUAGCCAGGGGCUGGAGGAUCCAGUGGAGCAUUGUGCCCGAAGUGUCCGAAGCCGUGGAACCUCCAAAGGAAGAUCUGACUGUGUCCGAGAAGUUCCAGCUGGUGCUGGACGUCGCUCAGAAAGCCCAGAACCUCUUUGGCAAGAUGGCCGACAUCCUGGAGAAGAUCAAGAACCUGUUCAUGUGGGUGCAGCCCGAGAUCACGCAGAAGCUGUACGUGGCGCUGUGGGCUGCCUUCCUGGCCUCCUGCUUCUUCCCCUACCGCCUGGUGGGGCUCGCCGUGGGGCUCUACGCAGGCAUCAAGUUUUUCCUCAUCGACUUUAUCUUUAAACGCUGCCCACGACUGCGAGCCAAGUACGACACGCCCUACAUCAUCUGGAAGAGCCUCCCCACCGACCCCCAGCUCAAGGAGCGCUCCAGCAGCGCCGCCGCCGUGUCGCGCAGGCUGCAGACGGCCGCAUCGCGGAGCUACGUGUCCAGUGCGCCUGCCAGCCUGAGCAGAGAGGACGACGCUGGCCGCUUCCACAGCACCAAGAAGGGCAACUUCCACGAAAUCUUCAACUUGACCGAAAAUGAGCGUCCCCUGGCGGGUAUGUGUGCCGUGCGUCUGUGA